GCAAGAAUGGGAUGUUAUGCUAGAGUGCAGAAGAAAAGGCAUUCCACAGACUGUAUAUUUGAAUAAUGGUUUCAUAGAUACUAACAAAAUUUUGGACAAAAUUGAAAAGAACUCACCACUGAUUAAGAAGAUUGCCUUGUUGAAUGAGAAAGAAAGAAGCAAAUUUAUUUUUCAACUUUCAGGGGAACACUGGACAGAAUUCCCUGAUUCGCUGAAGGAGAAAACAUACUUAAAAGAAUGGCACAUAAGCAAUACUAAGAUCUCAAGCAUUCCAAGUUACAUUGCCUUGUUUCAGGAACUGAGAAUUCUUGAAUUAUCCAGUAACCAGAUUACAGAUCUCCCCGUUGAAAUUGGUUGUUUAAAAAACUUGAAAGAGCUCAAUGUAAGUUUUAACCGUUUGAAGACUGUCCCCCCAGAACUGGGAAAGUGUGAGAAUCUUGAAAAACUUGAUUUGUCUGGAAAUUUAGAGCUAAUGGAGCUUCCGUUUGAA